CGAUGAAAAUAUAUGUCACCCAUUUCGUUUUAUGCCCCUUUUCCUCCACUAAAUCCAUUGGAGGAACUCCUGUGAAACACACACGAGACCCAACGGCGAAUGCUGAGAUUGACUGGCUCCGAUACGAGAAGGGAACCGAGAAUUAAGGGGUUGUUUUUGUGUCUCAAGUAAUUUGUGGACAAAUGUCACCGGGUUUUAUGGGGAUUUCACCAUUCGUGGAUGGGAUUCUUCCUUCGUUUCAACGUCAUAAUCAUCUAUCUUCCUCGAUUACUUCCACUAACCCCAAUGCUGGUGUUCUGAAUCCCGAUUAUGAACACAAACCAUCAUCAUAAUCUAAUACCCAACUCACAAUUGUUGAAGAUUUCCAUCCUUCUGCACUUAAGACGAUCAGGCGCAUCGAUUUUCCACCCUAAUCCUCUGUUCCUAUGGAUCCUCUCAAAAGGCUCGAAGCAGAGUUCUUCACAGAGUAUGGAGAGGCAAGUAGAUACCAAGUUCAAGAAGUUAUUGGUAAAGGCAGUUAUGGUGUUGUAGGAUCUGCUACUGAUACGCUCACAGGAGAAAGGGUUGCCAUUAAGAAGAUUAAUGAUGUUUUUGAUCAUGUUUCUGAUGCCACAAGAAUUCUUAGAGAAAUUAAGCUUCUUCGAUUGCUGAGGCAUCCGGAUAUUGUAGAAAUUAGGCAUAUUAUGCUUCCUCCAUCUAGAAGAGAGUUUAGGGACAUUUAUGUAGUUUUUGAAUUGAUGGAGUCUGACCUUCACCAGGUUAUUAGGGCAAAUGAUGAUCUCACACCCGAACAUUAUCAGUUUUUCUUGUACCAGCUUCUUCGUGGACUAAAGUAUAUUCACUCAGCAAAUGUGUUUCAUCGAGAUUUAAAGCCCAAAAACAUUCUUGCUAAUGCUGACUGUAAAUUGAAGAUUUGUGACUUUGGUCUUGCACGGGUAUCAUUUAACGAUGCACCAUCAGCCAUAUUCUGGACGGAUUAUGUUGCAACUCGGUGGUAUCGUGCUCCUGAACUCUGUGGCUCCUUUUUCUCUAAAUAUACUCCUGCCAUUGAUAUUUGGAGCAUUGGAUGCAUAUUUGCAGAGAUGCUUACAGGGAAACCUUUGUUUCCUGGAAAGAAUGUGGUACAUCAGUUGGAUCUCAUGACUGAUUUGCUUGGCACUCCUCCUCCCGAGUCUAUUGCAAGGAUUCGCAAUGAGAAGGCAAGAAGGUAUCUCAAUAGUAUGCGGAAAAAACAGCCAGUUCCUUUCGCCCACAAAUUUCCUAACGCAGAUCCUUUGGCUCUUCGCCUACUUGAACGCCUACUUUCAUUUGAUCCCAAAGACCGACCAUCAGCUGAAGAGUCACUAGCCGAUCCUUACUUUAAUGGCUUGUCAAAUGUGGACCGAGAACCAUCCACUCAGACCAUAUCAAAACUUGAAUUCGAGUUUGAGAGGAGGAAAUUGGGAAAAGAUGAUGUUAGAGAGUUGAUCUAUCGAGAGAUCUUGGAGUAUCAUCCUCAAAUGCUUCAGGAAUACUUGCGUGGUGGUGAACAAACUAGCUUCUUGUACCCGAGUGGGGUUGAUCGAUUUAAACGGCAAUUCGCACAUCUUGAGGAGGGUUAUGGUAAAGGCGGAAGUAGUAGCAAGACUCCACUUCUAAGGCAACAUGCCUCACUUCCAAGGCAACGCGUGCCUGCACCGAAGGAGGAAGGUACUUCUGAAGAAAACGAUCCCGAAGGACCAGAAAAUUCAAAUGCACAAAAUGGAGUUAAUAAAGGAAACUACAGUGCUCGUAGCUUGUUAAAGAGUGCGAGUAUUAGCGCUUCCAAGUGUAUAGGAGUGAAAGGAACACAACCUACGGAGGAAGAAGCGGAUGACGACCAACAAAAAGAGCAGUAAUCUUUCGUUCCAAGGGUGCAAAGACGAAGAUAUUUGUUACAUACUAAAAUGUAAAAAAAAAAGGUAAAUUUCAUACACAAUUGAUCUAA